AUCAAGUUUGGUUUGAUUCUUCCUGGUCUUUGCUUGUGGGCUAGCUCCCUCUUCUCUCUUUCUCUCUCUACUUUCCAGAAUUCUUAGCCUUUUCUUUCACCAGCAAUUCAAUUUAUUUAUUUAUUUUAUAUCUAUUUUGCCACCCCCUUUCUUCAUAGUCUGCUACAAUAAUCAUCACUUCUUGUACCCUAUUAUCUUAUCAACAAGACUCAGCUCUUUCCUGAAAACUUCCCUUCUCAUUUUCUUCAUUAAAUUUACUGUUUUUCUUGCUCUUUACAUUUAUAUAUAUUCUUUUUUAUACACCUAAUUAGAUAUAUAUAAACCAAGAAGAAGGUUAUUGAGUGGGUGGUGGAGAUAGACAUGGAGGUUUAAAGAAAAGAAAAGAGAAAAAAAAUUUCAUCUUUCUAUUUUUUUUCUUUAUUCCAUAUGUUUUGAUUGCAUGGAAUAGGUUUUUAAUAAAGGUCAGAAAGAGAUACAUCUGAAUUGUGUUGCAGAGUUGCUCAGAGAAGCAAUCCAUGGCUAGAUAGUAAGAUAGCGACUUGAAGAAUAAUCCAUCAUCAUCUCUUCACGAGAUCUUGUUUUCUCUCUUUUUCCUUGCCUCCAUAUCAAGGAUUCCCUCCUGUUCUAUAUGUCACCGUCACCUGUCCUUCUUCUUAAUCAAAGCUCCGUUUAGUUUGGUUUAGUUUAUAGUAACCCUCAAAUCCCCGGAUUCUGUUUCUUAGCUUUUAAUCUUUUUGUUCUUAUUCAUCAACAAAAACUAAAAGAUCAUUUUUUGUGCAGUGGGGUUUUUUUUCUUGUCUUUGUAGUACUCAUGUUUGCUACAGCCAUGUCCAAUUCAACUUCUUUAUCUGAAGAAGCCAGUGUUUCUUCCGGCACAAGAGUUCAAGACUUUGGUGUUGGCUUAAAUCCAUCUGUUUCCACUCAGCAGCCGCAGAAGAUCAAGAAGAAAAGAAGCCUCCCUGGAAACCCAGACCCGGACGCUGAAGUGAUUGCAUUAUCUCCGAAAACUCUAUUGGCCACCAACAGAUUUGUGUGUGAGAUCUGUAACAAAGGGUUUCAAAGAGACCAAAACCUUCAACUUCACAGGAGAGGUCACAAUCUUCCAUGGAAGCUAAAGCAAAGAAACAGCAAAGAAAUAAAAAAGAAAGCAUAUGUUUGUCCUGAGCCAUCUUGUGUUCAUCACCAUCCUUCAAGAGCUCUUGGUGACCUUACAGGAAUCAAGAAACACUAUUGCAGGAAACAUGGAGAGAAGAAAUGGAAGUGCGAGAAAUGCUCCAAGAUCUAUGCUGUUCAAUCAGAUUGGAAAGCUCAUUCUAAAACCUGUGGGACAAGAGAAUAUAGAUGUGACUGUGGAACCCUUUUCUCCAGGAAAGAUAGCUUCAUUACCCACAGAGCAUUUUGUGAUGCAUUAGCUGAAGAAAGUGCGAGAAUCUCAGCAAAUCAACUGGCCAAUCAGAACCAUUCAGCUUCUCUCUUCCCUUUCACCAAUCACAUUGCUUUAACUCCAUGGGAUCAUCCUUCUCAUCCAAACCCUAACCCUAAUUCCAAUGAUCCCCAAAGCCAUAACCCAGUUCAUCAUAUCAAGACUGAACAAUCCCACCAUUUCCAAAUCCCACCUCUCUCUUCCUCUUCACAAUACUUUCAACAAGUGCAAACUCAAAAUCACAAGGCUUUGAUUGAUUCGCAAUCGCCCUUCCAAAAUCUGCAUGUGAACGUACAGCCAACAGCCACGUCAGCUCACCACCACAUGUCAGCCACGUCAGCUCACCACCACAUGUCAGCCACUGCACUGCUCCAGAAGGCCGCAACCGUCGGUGUAACUCCUCCCGGGCAGCAACAACCUCAGUCAGUGGGACACAUGACGCAGCUCAACAUGGGCGACUUGGCACAGAUUGAUCAUCGUCAUUCAGUGACUCACAACAUCUCACCGGCGACCUAUAUGGGAGGGUUCCCUUCAGGCAACCUUUCCACGUGGCAUAAGACUGACCGCCUGACCCGGGAUUUUCUCGGACUCACUGGAGACGGCAAUGGCAAUGAAAACGUUAACGUUAGCGUAAACGUGAGGGAUGUUUUAACGUAUACCACAGGCUUAGAGUACCACCCUAACCACCACUACUCAAAUCACUCACUGUUGAAACCCCAAGGUUUCGGAUUCCCUGAACCACACGCCUCCGAAACGUGGGGUGACUGUUGAAGAUAAUGAAGAUGAAUGCAAAAGCAGUCGCUAAAAUUAACAAAGAGAAAAGGAGUCGAAAGAGAAAGGGUAAAACAGUACUUUUGAGCAUCAUCUUUUAAAUUUAUAUUCCUCAGUGACAGAAGAACUAGUACAACACUGUCACCUGCAUCUGUUGUAUGUUUCAGUAUUACGACAUUUUUUUGUUUUCUGGGUUUUAGACUUCGAGACGCUUAGUUGCUUUCCAUAGGGGUUUCCUGUGUUUAAAUUUUUGUCUCGUACAUCAUCUUCUCUCUUAUAGUUUAUCAGUUUUUUUCAGUAA